AUGGGACAUAGUAAGAAACAAAAAUUACAUAAAAUUGUACAGCACAUUUUGUCUCAGAUUAUUAUUCCAAGUGAACUAGAAAAAAUUCUAAAUGCACUAAACAGUCCUAUUCAAUUAGAUUCAGAUAAACAAGAUCAGAAUAUACAGAUAUUCUUAAUGAAGAGGAAAACACUUCAAUGUCUUUAUCUAUUACGACCUAAUUACGACAUUACGGCUUUAAUUACAGCUAUCGUUCAGAUGUCGUAA